UCAGCUAGAACCGUUCGGAAGAGGAGGCCAAUUUUUAGCAUCAAAAUCGGAAUUUACUCAUAUGAUUUUGGAUUUUACUUCUGUUUUACUAUGGGUCUUCCAACUCUGGAAUUCAGCGAUUCUUUCUUGGACAGCCCAGACUUUCGAGAACGUUUAAAAUGUCACGAAAUUGAACUGGAUCGAACAAACAAAUUUAUUAAGGAACUUAUCAAAGAUGGUAACAUGCUUAUCAGCGCACUAAAGAGUCUGUCUGCAGCUGUGCUGAAGUUCUCUCAGUCUCUACAAGACUUCCAGUUUGAGUGCAUUGGGGAUGCAGAGACAGAUGAUGAAAUCAACAUAGCUCAGUCCUUCAAGGAGUUUUCUCGACUACUAAUUACAGUUGAGGAAGAGAGGAGAAGACUUAUACAGAAUGCGGAUGAUGUCCUGAUCACACCACUGGAGAAAUUUCGCAAAGAGCAAAUCGGAGCUGCCAAAGAAGGAAAAAAGAAGUUUGACAAGGAAACUGAGAAAUAUUACACAGUUUUGGAAAAACACUUGAAUUUGUCAUCCAAGAAAAAAGAGGCAUUUUUGCAAGAGGCAGACACCCAGAUCAGCAAGGAGCGACAAGUCUUCUUCGAUGCCUCCCUGGAGUAUGUUUUCAAAAUACAGGAAGUGCAAGAGAGAAAGAAGUUUGAAUUUGUUGAACCACUCCUGGCCUUCCUCCAGGGCCUCUUCACCUUCUACCAUGAGGGCUAUGAACUGGCCCACGAGUUCGAGCCCUACAAGCAGCAGUUGCAGUUCAACCUGCAGAAUACGAGGAACAACUUUGAGAGCACCAGGCAGGAAGUGGAGAGGCUGAUGCAGAGGAUUCGCUCGGCUGAGCAGGACUUCAAAGCCCCCGGCCAAUGGACAAUGGAGGGCUUCUUGUACGUCCAGGAGAAGAGGCCCCUGGGAUGCGCGUGGAGUCGUCACUACUGUACUUACGAGAAGGAGAGCAAGAUGUUCACCAUGAGCAACACUGAAAUCAAAUCAGGGAGCAAACAGAACGGUCUUGUGAUGAGCUCGCCUGAGAUGUUCAAGCUCAAAUCGUGCAUAAGAAGAAGAACCGACUCCAUCGACAAGCGCUUCUGUUUUGACAUCGAGGUGGUCGAGAGAGAUAGCACAUAUCAAGGAAUUCUAUUCAGUCCCCUGCAGUGUUUCUAUAAAGUGCGACAUGGGGUGAUAACUCUUCAGGCCCUGUCUGAAUCCAACAGACGCCUAUGGAUGGAGGCCAUGGACGGGAAGGAGCCGAUAUACACACUGCCAGCUCUUCUCAGCAAGAAAGAAGAAACUUUUUUAAAUGAGACCGGCUUCAACUUCGUAAAGCAGUGUGUUCAUCUUGUGGAGACACGAGGCAUUAAUACUAUGGGGUUGUACAGAAUAGGAGGAGUUAACUCCAAAGUGCAGCGACUGAUGGCUUCAGUAUUUGCACCCAAGGCAUCCGUUGACGUGGACCUUGACCCGGAUACGUGGGAUAACAAGACGAUCACCAGUGGUCUCAAGAAUUACCUCAGGUGCCUGUCUGAGCCACUCAUGACCUACAGACUUCAUAAGGAUUUCAUCAUGGCAGUCAAGUCUGAUGAUCAAAACUACCGUGUGCGAGCAGUCCACGCCCUGGUCUAUAAACUGCCUGAUAAGAACAAGGAGAUGCUAGAUAUUCUCAUCAAGCACCUGCUGACGGUGUCGACUCACAGUCAGAAGAACCUGAUGACGAUCUCCAACCUGGGCGUCAUCUUCGGCCCGACUCUCAUGCGCUCCCAGGAGGAGACCGUCGCCGCCAUGAUGAACAUCAAGUUCCAAAACAUAGUUGUGGAGAUUCUCAUCGAAAACUACGAGAAGAUAUUCCAGCAGCCCCCGGACCCCAACGUUCCGCUGCCCCAGCCUCAGUCCCGCUCCGGCUCCAGUUCCAGGCGCAGCCGGGCCAUCUGCCUCUCGUCGGGACCCCGCAAGUCCAGGGGCCUCUACACGCCCACCCUCUGCCUGGCUGACGCAGACAAAGGCGACACGUUCAGCAGCAGUCCCAGCAGCACCCCGCGGGGCAGCAUGGAGUCGCUGUCCUCCCACUCGUCCGAGCAGAACAGCCACUCCAAGGCCGGCUCGCCCGCCCACCACAAGAGCGGCAAGCAAAGCGCCACUGGCGCCCUCUGCUGGAGCGUGCCGGCAGCGCAGCAGCCCUCCAACGGGCCCAAGAGCCCCCCCGCCACCGCCGCCUGCACCAGCAGCCCGGAGUCCAGCUCCAAGGAGGACGGAGCCGCCAGGACGGACGGCGAGGGGGAGGGGGAGGCCGAGGGGGAGGGGGACGGGGACGCGCUGAGCGUGUCGUCCCUCACGCCCGUGGUGGGCCGCCGCUCCCCGACACCGGAGGUUCCGCAGCGGCCGCAGGCGGGCGUCAGUGGCGGAGAGCACCGGGCCGCUCACAGGAGCCUGUCCACAUCCUCCUCCCUCACGUCCCUGCACAUCUCGGAGGGCUGCAGAAGUCUUCAUGGUUCAGUUCAGAGCCUGGCAUCCAAGAGAGACAGUCUGAAAACGGACCCUUUGCCUGACGUACCACCUAAACGGUGCGAACGCAGCCGCCUGGAUACAGGAACCACUAAUGGAUACAAAAGGCCUGUGAGUGUGGCCUCAAGAGCUUUGCUUUUUGAAAACUCUGGAGAGACCAAACCCACCUUAGAUGGAAGAGAUGCGAAGGCCUUGUAUUCCUGUAUGGCAGAACACAGCCAUGAACUGAGCUUCCCCCAGGGGGCGAUAUUCUCUAACGUGCACGCUUCGGUUGAACCUGGUUGGCUUCAAGCAACAUAUGAAGGAAAAACUGGACUAAUCCCAGAGAAUUAUGUCGUGUUUUUGUAAGGAACAAAAGCAAACAGAUUUUCCAUGGUAUCCAUGGUGUAAGUCUUGUGUUAAAUAUAAUGAAAUGUUUAACAUUUGUGCAUAGUCUGUACAUAGGAUGGCUGAAACAUUUGGUCAAGACUCAGUGUUAUGUUACGCUGCAGGUACAUGUGUAUUGUAAUGAGUCACUAAUAAUACACAUAGUGUAUUCAGUAUCAAGAAAAUUACGUUUAUAUAUAAAAGGGUUAAUAAUAUAAACUCAUUAUGUUGACAAGUUGCAAAGUUUAUUCCAAUGGUACAUUGUUACACCUCCUUAGGACCUCACUGAUGCAUUUUAUUAGUCCCUUGCUUAGACACUUUACUAUCAUACUACGUGUGACUGGAGCCAGUAACGCUGUCCUUACACCUUACCAUUAAAGGAGAAUUCUGGCCAUUUUUCACAUACAUCUCUUGUUUCUCAAGGUUACUGAGUACUGUCGGUAUGAAAAAAAAAAAAAAAAAAACGGAAAAUCGGUGCUACAGAUGGCUACAGUGCUACACUCUGUUGGCAUGUCUAUGUCAGUUUUUUUUUCUUUUUUUUUUUUCUCACAGCGACAGUACUCGAGACAUAGUGAUCUAUGUGAAAAAUUAGAUAGAAUUCUCCUUUAAUAUGUUCAAAUGAAGAUACCGCACGUCAGUUGUGGUUACAUUGUUGUUGUUUUUUAACCAAAAUAGGAAGAAAUAAUAAUUCUAUAAUAUUCUACCUAUUUUUUACAUAUGGCAAAAAAUAGAUAAUUAUAAAAUAAUUGUAUGUUAUUUUGGUUAGUCAGUAUUAAACCAGCUACACUGAUAGAGAAGUAUUUUGCUGUUAUGGCAUUGUACAGUGUUAUUGUAAUAAUAUGAACUCACAUAAACUUUGUGAUGGCUCUGACAACUAGGUACUGUAAUGUUCUACUUAACUGUAGAGGUAUAUCAUUGUUAAUUACUACAGUGUAAGCUGUAGAUCUAGUCAAAUGAUCACUGAAAUCAAGUAGCUGUUGUACAUGUAGGUUUUCUACUGUAUUUUCCCGACACUGGUCUAUCAUUUCAUUCCAUGUAUUGUCUUAUUUAAUGUACUUACCGUUGUAAUAAAUAACUACAAUGCCUUAAA